AGUCGCCGUUACGCUAGCGCGCAAGCGCAUUCAAAGACACAUUUUAGUGUUUCUCGACUAGCCAGGCGAGACCUCCGAGCGGCGAUGCGCUUGCUAUCUUGGACGGACGACGUGCCCCCGUGAGGGCGUACGCGGCCGGGGGACUCAGGCCCCGGUCAUGCCAUGGACGGUCUUCGUAAGAACCCUUCGCAGCCGGCGGCGGACUAUUACAAUGUUCUUAGCGGGAGGAUCGAAGAAGCCGUCGAUGCCUUCAUGGAAAGGCUUGGCGGCCGGCUCAGCGAGCUGGAAGUUGAGUUACGAUACGCUUGGCGGGCGGUCGACCUCUUGUCCCAAGAGUACGUCAAGAUGUGGGAGAAGUUGGAACGCCUGGAGAUUCUGCUGUAUGAACAGCAGGCGGUCAUCGCGCAGCUCCUUGCGGUCAUCCACGGUGAGGGCGAUGCGGCAGCCGCGUAUGGCCCACAUGAAGCCGUCCUGAGACUAGAACGGCGGAUUGAGGAGGAGUUGGAAUGUGGUCCCUUGCGUCCUACACGUCUCGAAAGUGUGCCAGAGGUUGUGUCUAGUCAGGAAGAAGGUACUGAGUGUUCAUCAUCGUGUGACAAUGAAGAAGAAAGCCGUUCCGAAUCGGAUGGCGCCGCUAACAUCUUCACGGCGUCCGACUACAGGAGGUACAGGGGGAAUAGUGGGUCUUGCGUUACGGAGAGUGACUUUCAUGAGUUGGGCAGGCUUUCCGAAGACCUGCAGAGAACGUGCGGUGCAGAAGGAGAAGGACGGUACGUUCGCUUUGCAUCUGGUAGGAUGGUGGAACGUAUUGAAGAAUCUGUGGAAGAAGAAAAAAGUGAAAGUUCCAGUUGCCAGGGUGAAGUUCCAAUGGCUACUCCACCACCUCCGGCAACGGAGGAAUGUCGUGAUGAUCAGGGUUAUAAGAGACUGUGCGUCGACUCCGCUCCUAGUGGAGCCCGACAGAAAAAGCCGUCUAGUAGUGCGGCGAGAAGAGCACGACAGCUGGCUAGGUUACGCGAAGCGAGCGAAGAGCUCGCUCUAGCCGUCCAGAAGAACUUGAUAUCCGCAUCUGUCGCUAAUGGGACAGCCACAGCGUCGGAGUCUUACGGCGACAGACGGGAGAAUGAAUCUCGAGAGAUUGGCAUGGCAGUAGGAGCUUUCAUUUCAGAUACUUCCAGCGAAGCGUCGUCCGCUAUUGCUGCGGCGCAGUUGGCGGUCAUCGAGGCUGAAGUUCAUGAACGCUCGCCUGUGGAACCUGUGCUCACGGACUGGGGAGGGGACCAAAUGGAAAGAAUGGACGAUGUGCCGCCGGAACCGCCGAAAGAGGAGAGGCGGUCGACGAUGGCCGUGUCGUUUAGUCCGAGGAAAAGUGGGCGAGCCGCGAGGGAGAGACGGCACACGACGUCCGUCGUUCCUAUGCCAGGUUCUUCAUCCGAGGCGCUUCCGGAUGUGUGUCCUAAGCGAACACUCAGUGACGCCACGAUGGCUGGCGAGCCAUCGUCCUCAAAUAAGAAGGAGGCUGGCCUCUCGUCUGAAGUAGGUUCUAUCUUUUCUUCUCUUGGAUCAAAAAUAUCCAGCGGGUAUAGCCGUGUUAUGGGAGCCACUUUAUUGAGGAGAGAUUCCAAAGACAAAGCACAACAGAGAAAAGCGAGGAGACUAUCUCUACGUUCACAGAGCGCACAAAGUGAUGUAGACCUACACCACGACACUGAACAAAACAGACAGCCUUUAGUAGGGCAGAUGUCUCUGCCAGAAAUCAACCUCACACCACCCAUUACGCCAUCGCCGAAGCGAUUUCAUCGUACAACAGCAGAUUAUACCGGAUUUCAGCAAAGCAGACCAGAACAUCCUCCACCCGAACGACCCCCUUGCAGAACAACAACCGAAAGGCAGUCGUCAUUCGAAGACGGCAGCCAGGUGACCACAGAAUCCCGGGGAUCCCGGGACGAGAGCGUCCAGGAAAGUGACAUGACUGAGGAAAGCCUCACCAAUACCCCACCCAAAGUUCAGGAAGAAUGCUUGGCGUUCAUGUUCCCCACCAUCGGCGAACUGCGUCGAUCCAGCAGCGGACAACCUCCUUUCCCUUCCGAAAGUUCAGACGGCGCACGCAGGGACACUAACAACGAAGCACAGGUCAGCGACACGGAGUCCGACGUCUUCGCCGACGCACAACAAGACGUGCGACGACACCACGAGAGUCGAAGACAGUCGUCGUCCUUGGGUGAAGAGUCGUUUGGGUCGGUGUCUAGUUUGAGCGUGGCAGAUUCGGAAGGGUCUCCCCCCGUCGCGACGCCCCCGGUGCGUCAGAGGGGACCGUCGGAGAGUAGUGUCGACGAUCGCCGGUCGGAUACUGCGAGUGCUGUGGGUGAUGAUGGUGUCUGUGCAGACGGGAGUAGCGUUGGUGCGGGCGAGGUGGAAAGCGCGCAGGAGGGUGUGGCGAGUGUCGAAGUGUCAGAAGUCAAGGAAAGUAACGAAGGUGCUGCAGAAAGUCAACAGGAGCCGAGUCAAGAAGCCCAAGGGCCGCCACAGCCGGUGGCUCGCGUCAAAGGAGAUCUCAAAGGUCUUCUGGGUCGAAUGGCAUCUCAACAAAGCCAGGAUAUGGGCGAAGGCGGCGUUAAGAGCAAAUGGAUCGCCUUAGUGAGCGGGGGAGCUCUUAGAUCAAGCGCUCGAGAUGGAUCCAAGAGUCUCUGGCCCCGGAGCGGAGGGCCUGAGCACAAUCCUUUUUAUAGCAACAUUGAUUCAAUGCCAGAUAUUAGGCCCAGAAGAAAGUCCAUUCCUCUUGUCAGCGAGCUGACGAUGGCUGCCACCAAACGCAAUGCCGGGUUGACUUCUGCGGUUCCUCGCCAGUCGUUGAACGACGAAGAGCUGAAAAUGCACGUUUACAAGAAGACACUGCAAGCUCUGAUUUAUCCGAUCUCCAGCACGACGCCACACAACUUCUUAUCGUGGACAGCCACCUCACCCACAUUUUGCUACGAGUGCGAAGGCCUCCUGUGGGGUAUCGCGAACCAAGGACUGCGCUGCAACGAGUGUGGUGUCAAGUGCCACGAAAAAUGCAAGGACCUGCUUAACGCAGAUUGCUUGCAGAGGGCGGCGGAGAAGAGUACGAAACAGGGUGCAGAAGGAAAGGCGAAUAACAUCAUCAUGGCUAUGAAGGAACGCAUGAAGAUUCGAGAACGAGACAAGCCGGAAAUUUUUGAACAGAUCAGGGAGGUGUUUAGCGUGGACAUUAAGAGCCACGCGGGACACCUGAAGGCUGUAAAGCAAAGCGUCCUGGAUGGAACCUCCAAGUGGUCAGCCAAAAUCGCUAUCACUGUGAUUUGUGCACAGGGUCUCAUCGCCAAAGACAAGAGUGGAACCAGUGACCCCUACGUCACGGUUCAAGUUGGAAAAACAAAAAAGCGCACAAGGACCAUGCCACGUGAACUGAAUCCUGUUUGGAACGAAAAGUUUUACUUUGAGUGCCAUAACUCUUCAGAUCGCAUUAAAGUGCGCGUAUGGGAUGAGGACAAUGACCUCAAGUCAAAGUUGAGGCAGAAAUUGACGAGGGAAUCGGACGAUUUUCUGGGCCAAACAAUCAUCGAAGUCCGCACACUGAGUGGAGAAAUGGAUGUCUGGUACAACCUAGAAAAACGGACAGACAAGUCUGCAGUGUCUGGUGCUAUCCGACUCCACAUCAGUGUAGAGAUUAAGGGUGAAGAAAAAGUUGCACCAUACCAUGUUCAAUACACAUGCUUACACGAAAACUUAUUUCAUUACCUUUGUGAACAAAAUAGUGGAGUGGUGAAGCUUCCUGAAGCAAAAGGGGACGAAGCGUGGAAAAUUUAUUUUGAAGAAACUGGAGAGGAGAUAGUUGAUGAGUUUGCCAUGAGGUAUGGCAUUGAGUCCAUAUACCAGGCAAUGACGCAUUUCCACUGCCUGUCUACCAAAUACAUGUGCCAAGGUGUUCCCGCUGUGAUGAGUACAUUGCUCGCAAACAUCAACGCCUACUAUGCACACACAGCAGCAUCGUCAGCGGUGUCUGCAAGCGACCGCUUUGCAGCUUCUAAUUUUGGAAAAGAAAAAUUUGUGAAGCUUCUAGAUCAACUACACAAUUCUUUAAGAAUUGAUUUAUCAAUGUACAGAAACAAUUUUCCUGCCUCCUCACCUGAAAAGCUGCAAGAUCUAAAAUCUACAGUGGACCUUCUAACUAGCAUUACAUUUUUUAGGAUGAAGGUUCAAGAACUGUCAAGCCCACCACGAGCUAGCACAGUUGUCAAAGACUGUGCCAAGGCUUGCUUACGUUCCACGUACCAGUUCCUCUUUGAGAACUGCUUUGAACUUUUCAACCGGGAGUUCCAAGUGGACACGCAAGACAAGGAGGAGGACCACGGACCUAGCUUACACAACCUUGACUUCUGGCAUAAACUCAUAGCUCUUAUGGUGUCUGUUAUCGAAGAAGAUCGCAACAGUUAUGCACCAGUGCUCAACCAAUUUCCUCAAGAGCUGAACGUUGGCCAACUGAGUGCAGCAACCAUGUGGAGCUUAUUUGCAGUUGACAUGAAAUAUGCACUAGAAGAACACGAGCAACACAGGCUCUGCAAGAGUUCAGCUUAUAUGAACCUCCACUUCAAAGUCAAGUGGUUUUACAAUAACUAUGUCAAAGAUAUAGCUCCCUACAAAGACUCUGUGCCUGAAUACCCUGCCUGGUUUGAACCCUUUGUGAUGCAAUGGCUCAAUGAGAACGACGAUGUUUCUUUGGAAUACCUCCACAGUGCCUUUCUUCGUGACAAAAAAGAUGGCUUCCUGCAGAGUUCAGAGCAUGCACUGUUUUCAAACUCAGUGGUGGAUGUUUUUACGCAACUCACCCAGUGCUUUGACGUCAUUAGCAAGUUAGAAUGCCCUGACCCUGAAAUAGUUAAGCGAUAUAUGAAAAGGUUUGCCAAGACUAUUAAGAAGGUAUUAACUGCAUAUGCCAACAUUGUCAAGAAGGAAUUUCCAAACUAUGUGAUACAAGAAAAGACUGCAUGCAUUUUAAUGAACAACAUUCAGCAACUAAGGGUACAACUAGAAAAGCUUUUUGAGUCUAUGGGGGGCGAAAAACUUGAGGCAGAUGCUGGAGAUAUACUCAAGGAGUUACAACAGUCGCUAAACACCGUCUUGGACGAUCUUAGCAUAGUCUUUGCUAAGAGUCUGGAAGGUACAAUAAAGCAGAGCAUGGGAGAGCUAAGUGGACUGCUAUCGGCUGUCAAAGGAUCUGGCCAAGCAUCUCUAAAUCCAACAGCACAGAGGCAUGAGGUUGCUGCAGAAGCUGAUCAUGUCCUGCAUCCACUCAUGGACAUCCUGGAUGGAAAGCUCUCCAUGUUUGCUCAGGUCUGUGAGCGUACCGUUCUCAAGAGACUGCUCAAGGAACUGUGGAAGAUAGUCAUGCACACCAUGGAAAAGACUGUGGUCUUGCCACCUAUGGGAGAAAAGAAUAUGAUUCUUCCCAAUUUGCCCAAUGCUAAAAUUGAAGACAUGUCACGACUCUUCAGAAAUCAUGUGGCUGCUAACAAGCUACCCACUCUGGGCGUAAUGGAGGUGGAAAAGAACCUAACUCCAAAGCAGUGCGCCGUGCUGGACGUAGCAUUGGACACAAUCAAGCAGUACUUCCAUGCAGGAGGCAAUGGACUCAAGAAGACCUUCUUAGACAAGAGCCCUGAGCUUCAGUCCUUGAGAUAUGCUCUGUCGCUUUAUACUCAGACGACAGAUACGCUCAUCAAGACCUUCGUAACAAGCCAGACCAAGCAAGAUCAACCAGGUGCAGAUGAUGGGAGUGUUGGGGAAGUUUCAGUACAAGUGGACCUCUUCACACACCCCGGCACAGGGGAGCACAAGAUAACAGUCAAAGUGGUAGCAGCCAAUGACAUCAAAUGGCCCAACACAAGCAUGUUCCGUCCCUUCGUCGAGGUGAAUCUCAUUGGUCCAAACCUGAGUGACAAGAGACGGAAGCAUGCAACGAAAUCGAAGAACAACAACUGGUCUCCGAAAUAUAAUGAAACAUUUCACUUCAUCAUUGGCAAUGAGGAAGAACCGUCAUCAUUUGAGCUGCACGUCUGCGUCAAGGACUAUUGCUUUGCGCGAGACGACCGGCUCGUCGGCGUGGCGGUCAUGCAGCUCAAGGACAUUGCGGACCAGGGCAGUUGUGCAUGCUGGUUGCCACUGGGUCGUCGCAUCCACAUGGACGAGACCGGAUGGACCAUUCUGCGAAUCCUGUCCCAGCGCACCAACGAUGAAGUGGCGCGAGAGUUCGUCAAACUCAAGUCCGAAGUGCGGAACGAUGAGAACAUCCCACGCAACUAAGGGCUUCCUGUUGUAACCGCUCCAUGCUGGAGUCGGUCUACUUUCAGCCGGGGAUCUGCAGUGAGGAAUGCAAUGUCGGAAGAGCUUUGCGUAACAGCCUGAUAUACUUACCUCCUCCUUUGUACCGUUUUGUUAAAGGGGCAGUAAAGCGCAAACAUUUCUUAGUGGAAUUAAAGAUCCCGUUGCCGUGCAAGCGACCGGAUUAAUCGGUUGUGUCGUUUGUGAUUCGUGAGCGAAACAAACCACGAUUUCCUCAAGUCGGCCUUCCGCACGAAGGCCGACAAUGUGCCGACAAUGUGCCGACAAUGUGGAACAGAGUCUCAUUGGUGUCCUCGAACAAUUUGUCCACGUUGUUGUGUUGCACUUAAGAAGAGGAAGAUGUAAAUUGUGGUUUCUUUCACUCAUAAAUCACAAAUUACACAACACAUGAAUCCCGUUCCUUUUGUGUUGGUGUUGAGGUAAAAGUAUCUCUCAUUCUGCGAGGAGGCAUUUUGGCACUUUAGUGCCCCUUUAGGAAACCUUUGUGUUGAAGUAUGAGACAUGUAUUCUUCAUUUGCACCUCCGUUACCUAUACGUUCUCCUUCGCACAAAUUAUGGGGUGCAGAGUGAGGUACGGGGGGCUUACAUAAAACGUAUAAGUAGAACAUUUCAGUGUUAAUCCUGUAUGCUAAUAUAUUACGAAGGGACGAAAACGGAAGGAGCAAGCAUACCUACAUGCAAGACGUGGUAAAAUAUGCUAACAAUUAUGUGUGUCAAUAACCACGCGUACCAAUACCAAUGGUACCGAUGGAACCAAUGGUACGCGUAACCAUUUUGAUUCCGUAAGCAGACCUCCAAGAAGAGCGUUUCUUCACGGCAGUUGCUACAGUAUAGCAUGUUCCUCUUCCUUCAACACUAUCUACUUUCACAAAACAGGAAGAACUAAGGAUAGCAUGUAUACAGCUGUCUUGCAACAGGACAUUGUCUCUUCCAAGCAAGCAGCAUUUUAACAGGACACAGAAAGAACAUCGGAGCUGAAGGUUUUGCAUGAUGAGGUAUGGGAAGCCAUUGUUAGUGACAGUCUCAAGAUACAGCCUGUUGCUGAAGCUGGAUAAUGCAGUUUGGUUCACAAUAUGGAGGUCACAACUAAUUCUGUUGUCUACUCUUUAGAGCAUAGGUUCUCAAACUUUUGGUUUUUGUAAGGGAACACUUUAACAACUUCCAAAGAGUCCCAGGGAACCCCUGAUCCGGGCCGACGUUGACCUGGCUAUGUGUUUGUAGCACAUCAAUCCACACGAGUUCUGGUGGAGUAAUGGGGGAGGAGGUGAGGAGCUGCUCGCAGAACCCUGAGAAGCAGUCUCAACACAGUUCGAGAACCUACGCUCUAGAGGACACCAUGAUUUUGCGUAUUAUUUUUUAAACACAAUUUUGCAAGAAGGCCAAGUAAGACCACAAGGCCAAAAAACGAUACCAGUCCCUGCCUUGAGAAGUCUCUUCAAACAAAAUCAGAGAUCGGCCUCUACUUGAUGAAAAUUCACAUGAAAACAGACAGAAAAAAUACUCUUACGUGCAGCCGUGUGCGGAUGCUUUGAUUUGUAUGUGGAUUCACGAAGUGCACUAAUCGAUGGAUUCACGUGGUUCUAGCUUCUUUUCCUUUAGGCACUUGUACUACACUAGGUAGUAUACGUCAUGGCUGACACAUGAAGUGAUGAGAAAAAGGCUGAGCACCGCAAAAUGGUUACACAUUUUACAUUAGAACCAAAGUUGAAGAUGUUGAAUACUUCUAGAAAGUGGGGCUCCUCAUUCCUCUUAACAUGACCACUUUCAGUUCCAACUCGUUGAAUAUGAAGCAUGUACAAAAUUCCUUGUUACUGUCUUGAGCCCUACAUGUUUUUUUUUACUCUACAGCUACUUUUAUAACAGUGCUGUCAACCCUAGGUAAUGGUUGUGAACUACGAGAGCAUUUGGUUCUCCCGGAAAACACCUUUCAGAGGUACAGGGCGCCACAUUCUCGUUAAACGUAUUUUCGCAACAGCAUAUCGCAGAGUGCUGCCUUUUGACGAGAAUACGGGGCUACGUUCUUAAUGAAUAUGCUGUUCCGCAAGUGGCAUUCCUGUUGAGCUUGGUACGCAGAGCUUGGCACACAAACAAAUAUGCUAAGUCGCAUGAAAGUGGUUUUUCCAGGACUGACCAUAAGCCAAAGCCUUUAUGUCUGCGGUAGCAGAUGCCAUAUUGGGGUUGACAUUGUGGACGAAGGACUGUUAAGUGCUGUCGCUGCCUGAUGUUGCAUUCCUCACAAAACAACGACAAAUUCAUCCUUACAUUCCUACUCUCCAAUGACUUUCUCUCCAGUUUCGCUCAGGUGGUGUGUUGUAACAUACAUCGUUUGUUUCUCUUUUGUCCAGUGAACGCUUUUUAUUUCCUCCACACUGUGAACGCUUGGUCGAAGGCAGUACGUGCCCUCUUUGAACCCAAAGGAGUGUCUCUCAGCAAAUAUUUCUAGUCAUGAUCAAAAAAUGUAUUUUUCAACAUUUUUCGACAUUCCUCCCACAUUUGCGUUCUCAGAGCAAUCGCUGCUCCCAGUGUGUUCAAAGGUAAUGUGAAUAACGGAUAAAACACACACUCACAUAAGACACAUACGAAAGUAAUAUAUAUAAAUAUAUAUAUGUAUAUAUGUGUAUUUAUACGUUAACUAAUAAUUUUUUGCAGUCACACUGACACAGCAGUACAUUUUUGCCUUAUGGUGUGCGAAAGAAUGUUGUAAGAUAUUCCUAGAUGAAAGAAGGAAGUGUGAUUGGAAUGUUCUGCUGUUGACAGGUUGGGCUUUUCAGAAAAAUACCCUCCUCAUUCCUCAUAUCCAGUUCAGACUCCAUUUUUUCUUGUUGUGCAAGUUUUGCAAUCUCUGUGCAUGACACACACACACACUAGACAUAUGCUUGAUGUGCGUGUGCACACAAUAAUUUUUUCCUUUUGUAAACUAUUCACUCGGUUGUGUGGCUAUGUACAUAAGGUGAAACAAUGAAAUCUUCCUUGUGUGAAACUUACACUAAAUAAAAUGAAAUAAUUGUACAAAUCUUUUA